CCGCCAAAUGCCACCGCACCCCAGGGACCUUAGUAACGCCGCUAGGAGCCAUGGCGGUAACCACCACCAGCCCCCCUAUGAACCCGGGAGGAGAGCACAUCACCGUAUACACAGCAAGGCCUCCUGUAUCACAGCCCGAGAUAGACAACGGCACACGGGCCAGCGGAGCUGCAAACACCACCACCAUAAUUGUUGGCAUCCUUGUCCCAAUCAUUUUAAUUGGCGUGGGUGCCCUCAUCUUCUACGUUUGGUAUCGUCGCAAAUAUCCUGUGAGAAUGGGGAUCGGUAGGAAUUUCACAACGUUUUCCAACCCUGCCUAUAGCAAAAAAGAAUCAUCUGUUACUUUAGUUCGUGAUGAUCCUGAAAAACUAUACAGAACACUAUCAAGACGAAAUCCAGCUACUAUUGAAGAAAGAAUAGAUGAAGUCGAUGGUCAAGUAAAUCCCGCCUUUGAACCUGAACAAAGUCCCGAACUAGCAACUGUUGAGAUGAGGUCUAAUUCCGGUAUACCGGCAGUUUCUAAUAUAUCAACAGACACUAAGAACAAAGUCCAGCCAGUAGAAUCUGAUAUAGCUCCCAUUAAAGCUGUUGGACGAGAUCGACCACGAAAACGUGCUACGUUGAUAAGGAUUGACGUUGCAGACAAGGAACUUGAUAACAACUUUGACCCAGUAACUGAAUCAGAUCUUGGUAUAAGAACGGCAAGCGAUAUGAGUAUUGGCAAUGAUAGCACUGACACGCACACUAUAAAUCUUUCAUUUUCAGGCAUUCACGAUAAUAGGCCGGAAAGUAUGGAGAGGUCAAGAAGUGAGCAAUUUCUUUGGACACAUAAUGAUGCGUCCUUUUCCAAUACUACUCUUCAGCAAAAGGGAAGGUCUCAAAGUGAUUCAUUUGCAACUCGUAUAAAAUCCAACGAAUCAAGAAAGCAAGAUAGAAAACUGACUUUUGAAAACGCAUGUAGCGAACCAUUGGACGAGAACAAAACAGACAGCAUUGAUGAGUUUGAAAAACUAGAGAAAAUGAUAGAUAGUUCAGAGAAAUUCAGUGAAAAACAUUACAUUCCACAGUUGGAAAGUAAAGAGACAAUCUCCCAUAAUGACAAUGAUCCUGCAGAAAUGAUGGGUGAUGAAACUAAUGUUAUUAAUGUGUCAAUACAAAACCUCAAAUCGGAUGAAAAUGAUAGUUCUACUGUCGAAGACAUUGACAAGCUUGACGAGAAAAAUGGUCAAUCGUUAAAUCCAGUGGAUCUUACCGAUGACAAUAACGAUACAGAAACAACUGUUACUGACCAAGAAUUGGAAACAAAUGCUGAUAGUAUUGCUGAAAGAGAAGAAGACGUUUCGUUAGAGACCAAACUUGUUUGUCGGCAGCAAUCAAAACGACCAUCAUUGACAUUAUCGAAGGAAAACAUUGUGAUGGACCAAGAAAUGCCCACUAUUCUUGUUCAAGAUGAAAUUAUAUUUGAGCCCGAGACACCAAAUCCGAUCGAUCUUCACUGUUCUCCAGCCACGAGUCCUAGGCGAGGGAGACGGGCCUUCACAUUAAACGACAUAGCUGUGAAAUUGCCGGUAUCUAAUUAUCAAGAUGAUGAUCGUGCUGGAGAUGAAAAAUCCAGGUCCACCCCUGCCAUUUAUUCUGGUGUACCGACUGAAUAUUUCUGGAAACAAUCUAAAGAACAGGAAAUACGCGGCGACAGUGUAGUUAAAACUUACGAGGAAAAGGACGAUAUGAAAAAUUCAAACAUUGACCAGAACAGUGAAAUACAGAAUAGUCAACCAAGUAUUCUAAAUACAAAAGAAGCAAAUGCAAGAAGUGGCCAAUCGUUAAUAAACGAAAAUCCGUUCUCAUUUAUACCUAACGAUGUAUGUAUUAACAACAAUACUGAUAAGACACACUCCGAUCUUAUCAUUCCAGAUAUGUCUCAAAUAAAUACGAAUGCAGAAAGUAGUGACUUGAAAGAAUUUGACAAUAUUAAAAGAGGCCCAAAUAUUUCUGAGGCUGAUGAUACUGUAUUGCAAGAAACAGUAAAUUCAAUAGAUAGUCUACGUAUUGAUACUUCAGAUGCCAAUGUUCCCGAUUCUUUUCCAAGCUCAGUAGCAUUCGAAUUAACAUCACCUACCAUAGACGUAGAAGACCAUCAACAUUCUGAUGAUUCCAAAGACGAGAUGAGUAAAAGAAAAAUUUCCGCUUUCGUGUUUGACUCUGAAGCAGAUAACGAAGAAAGUUAUAGCUCUGACAACGAGUCUACAAAAUCUAACGAGGAUUCUUCCCACGAAGGUUCUGAAUCAGUCGAAUUUCAGAAAGGUGUUCUUGAUGAGAAAAGUCAAGACGUCAUAGAUGAGCAAGUAGGUUUUAAAAAUAUUGAUGAUAUGACCAUGCCAUUCGAAGAGUCUUUGAAUUUUUUAGCCGGGUCCUCAGCAGCAACAGUUUUGGGACAAGGAGAAUGCAAAGAUGCAAACAGUUCCAACAUUGAAACAGUCAAUGCUACAGGUGUUGGUUUUGAAUGUUUUGAGAAAAGCAUAACAGAAAUUUCGAACGAUUCUGGGAAUAUGAUAAGAAGUAAGGAGGGAAGCACUAACUCUAACGUUUUAGGUGAAGUGUUGCUAGAUGUGCACGGUAAUGUAAAUGACCAAUCUUCGGCGUAAGAAUAAAGUGUGAGUGUAUCCUAUACGAAAAUGCGUUUUAUUCAACUCUCUCGUUACAAACAACAACAACAACAACAACAACAACAACUCGUAUUGAGGUGCAUAUACUGAAUCAUGAUUAAUUAAACAUUGUGUAAGUGAUUAUGAUAUUUUGUCAUAUCUGUUACAGAGUGUGCAAACGCUUGGCAAAUCAUAACGAAUACGAAAUAGUGUGUGAAAUAAACAUUAUAUAUGUUAUUAUAAUAUUAUGUAUUGAUAUUUUUUUGGUUCCUGUAGAAUAUGAAUUGCAUUUCUGUAACUGUUAAGGUAAAAGUCAUCGCUCUGAAUACAUGGAAUGAGUCAAAUUAAAUAGAAUAUAAUUGUAAUAUGUUUUGUUUUUAAAUAUAUUGUACAUAUUAAACUAUCUAUAUCUUAAUACCAUGAAUUGAAAUUGUUUAUUGUCUGUUAUAUAUAUGUGUUUGUCGUUUAUUCUGUUGUUAAAUGAUGGGACAGUACUAAGUCUAAGUUAAGCCCUCAUAAUUUUUGAAAUUGUUUCCCCUAAAGCAUUAUAUACUGAGUAUUUUUAAUAAAUGCCAUUCCAUAACAGUUGAAUUACAUUCUAUAUAGACAUUAAAUUGUUGUCCAGGGGUCUUAGACUAUGCAUGGUUUAUAUUUAUAUGUUGACUUUUAAGUGAGAUAUCGCCUAGUAGCCCACACGAGUGUAAAUAGCAGUCAUCGCCGGAACUAAUAUGGCAUUUUGAUUUUGGAGGGGACACAGCUCUCACAGUUGGUGUGGACGGUGUGGGGUCGCACAGCAAGGAGAUGUUGUUUAGUGGCUUUUUAUUAAAGUAUUAAAGUAU